AUGGGCGUAUUUGGUCAAACAUGGACUCUCACCAAGAAGAACCUCCUUAUUGUCGCGUGGCGGCAGUGGUUCUCUACUGUCAUUCGCGCGAUCCUCUUGCCGAUAGGUUUCAUACUGCUGAUCAGUUACGUGCGCCUGUUCUUCCUUCCGCCUUCGAUAUAUGGCUUUGGAGAGCCUCGACCCAUCCGUGACCCCGCCAGUGCGUUUGCUGCGCAGUCUGGACGAGAUCGUGUUGUUAUUGUGGACAAUGGCUUCGCCGGCGGCCAGAUUCAGCAAGCCUGCGAUGAUCUGUCGCAAGUGUACAACGAUGCUGGUGCCGAGGUUCAUGUCGUCUCAUCGCCGUCUGAUUUAUCUACUUGGUGUCGAUCUUCAUUAACAGGCUCAAGUCGGUGUUACGGCGCAGUGUCUUUCCUCCACUCUCCGACAGAAGGUAAUGCAGACAAUUGGGACUAUACUGUUUACACCGACUUCUCCUUGGGGCAACGUCUUCACGUCGGCCAAGACGACAAUGAUGCGGAGCUGUUCGCCCUACCUUUCGUUGGGGCAAUUGACGCUGCUAUCGCCAGAGCCAGUGGACAACAAUUGCCGGAAACGAUGUUCGAGUAUCCAUUCACCUCCGAGACAUUUCAAGAGCGCGAAGACGAGGUGCAGAGCCUCUUCAUGGGGGCCCUUGUCAACUACCUCGGCCUUGUUUUGUUCAUCGGAGUGUGCGGUAUAUCUUACCAUCUGCCAGGGCAUGUAGCUCGUGAGCGAGAACUGGGCAUGUCCGCUCUCAUAGAUACCAUGAAUCCCCAGAAGUAUCAAUGGUUAUCACAUGCGGCUCGCAUCUUCUCCGCCAACAGCGCCUUUGGGAUCAUCUAUUUACCAGGUUACAUCGCCAUUGCCGCAAUCAUUGGAACCAGAAUCUUCCUCCGUUCCGAUACUGGAGCUCAGAUUGCCUUCCACAUUCUUAUCUGUAUGUCUUUGGCGAGCUACAGUACCUUCGCAGCCAGUUUCUUCCCGAAGGCUCAACUUUCCGGAAUAACGAUUGUCAUCGCCUCCUGUCUUCUGGCGGUGAUUGCACAACUCGCUGUUCCGAGCACACAAGCGGCCGUGGCAGCCUUAUCUAUCAUCUUCCCUCCCAUCAACUAUGUCAUGUUCUCGCUAUACCUUGCGGCUUGGGAGCGAAAUUUGGUCGGCGCCGACUUCAAUCAAGCCGCCCCUUCAGGACCUGGUGUGCUUCCCGGAUGGUUCUACUUCGCUGCCGCAGCCGUUCAGAUUGUCGGUUAUCCUACGCUUACCCUCCUAGCGGAGCGUUUGUUGUAUGGCACAGCGUCAUCGUCCCGCACGACUGACAAGAACUUACAAGAAGGACCGUUUGCAGUGCGCCUUCAGCACUUCUCGAAGACGUACAGACCUUCCUGGCUAGCUAGGAUAACUCCAUGGAAGCGGGCAGAGACGGUGCACGCUGUGAGCGAUCUUAGUUUCACCACAUUAAGAGGUCAACUUGUGGCAAUGCUCGGAAAGAAUGGCUCGGGCAAAACUACCACAUUAUCUGCCAUCACCGCCCAAGAACGAUUCUCUUCUGGCCUCAUCGAGCUUGAUGGAACGGGAGGAUUAGGUCUAUGCCCCCAGAAGAAUGUUCAAUGGGAUGAGCUGACGGUGUACGAACAUGUCAGAAUCUUCAACGAACUCAAGGCCAAGUCCAGAGACUCAAAGACUGCCCUGCGCCAGGCUGUCGAAGCCUGUGAUUUGCAGCAGAAGGUUGAUUCCAAGUCUAAGACGCUCUCUGGUGGCCAGAGACGCAAGCUGCAGCUUGCUAUGGCCUUCACCGGUGGCAGCCGAGUCUGCUGCGUCGAUGAGGCUUCAUCUGGGCUGGAUCCUGUCUCUCGCCGUAAGAUUUGGGAUAUCCUGCUGGCUGAACGAGGUGCACGAACGAUACUCUUCACCACACAUGCUCUUGAUGAAGCCGACGCUCUUUCUGACCAUAUCAUCCUUCUCGAGAGUGGUAAGCUCGUGCUUGAAGGCUCUGCAGUUGAGCUCAAGCAGCGCCACGGCGGUGACUACCAGAUCGUUCUACAGUCACCUCUUGACACGGAUAUUGCUGCCGGACAAGACAUUCGUUACGAAUCGAGGGGAUCAAGCCAUAUCUAUCACAUAUCAACGGUUCAGUCUGUUGGGCCAUUCGUCGAGGGGCUCGAGAAGCUUGGCAUCCACGACUACGAAGUCAACGGUCCAACUAUAGAGCAAGUUUUCCUCCGGCAAGCUGAGAAGGAUCCUGAGUUCUCCGCCAUCCUGGCGGAGCCGGACAGAUUGGAAUCUGAAGAUACGUCAACCAUAUCAGAAACCGACCCCUCAUCAACGAAAGCACAGGAGGUUGCGGCGAACGAAGGGCUUGCUCCGCUGCCUGAGAGUCGAGCCAUUGGCUUCGUGGGUCAGCUCGCAGUACUAUUCUGCAAGCGACUCCGCAUUCUGCCUCGUAAUUACCUGCCUUACGCUUUUGGCCUGGUCGUCCCGAUCAUCGCAGCUAUACUAACCACCAACUUUCUCACCAGUUUUGAGCGAGCCGACUGCUCACCAGAUGCCCUUGCUUUCACUCCGCGAACUGCUGACGUACCCUCUGUGGCGAUAUUCUGGGGACUCGACAUUCCCGCCGCACCUGCCAGUAGAUUCGACCCUCAACGCUUUCUAUCGGUUACCGGUCCCUAUGGCGGGUUUCCGCCCUCGGCCCUUGCGGCACUGAACACGUACGGCGAGUGGGAUAAUUACAUCCACCAAAGAUUUCGCAGUGUUGCACCAGGUGGCGUGUUCCUCGGUAACGAGACGUCCAACAACGUCACGAUGUCUUACAAGAUUAAUGACGGUCUCUACUUUGGGGCUAUCACAAAGUCGGUAAUAGACGCCUACCUGAUGGAUCUACCGAUUUUUGCACGGUUCUCCAACUUCGCUCUGCCAAUUUCAGGAAGCACAGGAGACUCUUUGCAGCUCGUCAUCUAUUUCGGACUUGCAAUGUCUAUCUUCCCGGGGCUGUUCGCCCUUUACCCGAGUUACGAGCGCAUCAGGAAGAUCAGAGACCUUCAGUAUAGCAAUGGUGUACGGCCGGCUCCACUUUGGUUGGCACACAUCCUCUUCGAUGCCAUGUUUGUGGUUGUCAUCAGUACUGCAGCUCUUGCAGUUUUCGUGACGGGGCGCUCGGAAGAUUGGUACGCUGCUGGGCAUCUCUGGCCAGUGUUCUUCUUCUUUGGGCUGGCAUCGACUCUCUUCUCGUACGUGGUGUCACUGUUCGCAUCAACACAACUCGGCACUUUUGCGUUUGCGGUAGGAUAUCAGGCGGUCUCCCUCCUUCUCUAUUUCUUCGAUACUAACCUAGGCAGAUACUUGCUCCUGGUGGCAUAUAGCAUAGCCGACGAUCUGCAAACCAAUCUCAACACGGUGCAGUACAUACUCGGGCUGAUCAUGCCAGCUGGAAACCUCAUGCGAACUUUACUCCUGGCCUUGAACCAGUCCCAACUGCUCUGCCGCGAUCAACAAUACCGCAAACCCAGCGAUAUUCAGGUCUACGGUUCGCCGAUAAUAUACCUCGUCCUGCAAUGCGCUGCACUAUACACCUUUCUGGUCUGCUACGACAGUGGUUACUUCUACCGAUUUAGGCCGUAUGUUCUCGGCUGGCUGCGAUUGCGUUCCCGGCGAAAUGACGAGGAGGACACAGUCAAAUACCAGCCUCCGAUGGACGUGAUGCAGGAGACAGAGCGCACAGUAUCGUCACCAGGGGAUGCGCUCCGAGUCAUGCACCUUUCCAAGUCCUUUACACCCGGACGACUGGCCGUAUCGGAUCUAACAUUCGGCGUCCGUUCUUCCGAAGUCUACGCACUCCUUGGGCCAAAUGCAGGCGGCAAGACCACAACGAUCAGCUUGAUUCGCGGCGAGUUAAAGCCAACAGAAGGGUUCACGCCGCAGACAAGCGAGAUAGUCAUCAACGGCCACUCCCUGCGCACCAAACGCGCCGACGCGCUGCUGUCCCUAGGCGUGUGCCCCCAGUUCGACGCCAUCGACAUGCUGUCGGUACGCCAGCACCUAGGCUUCUACGCUCGCGCCGCCGGCAUCCCUUCGAGAGAAGUCAAGCGCACCGUCACCUACAUCAUGCAGGCCGUCGGGCUGACGCAAUACGCCAACCGCAUGGCCGCCAACCUGUCCGGCGGCAACAAGCGCAAGCUCUCGCUCGCCAUUGCCGUCGUCGGCAACCCCAAGGUGCUGCUACUGGACGAGCCUAGCAGCGGCAUGGACGCCGUCGCCAAGCGGGUCAUGUGGAAGGCGCUCAAGGCGGUCAAGAACCUGGGCAGAGACCGCAGCAUGGCCAUGGUCAUCACCAGCCACAGCAUGGAGGAGGUGGCGGCGUUGUGCGACCGUGUGAGUAUCAUGCGGCGGCACAUGUUGGCCGUGGGGGAGAAAGGGGAUCUGAUCAGGAGAUAUGGUGAUCGGUAUCACGUGCACUUGAUGCUGCGGCGAGAGGUUGUGGGAGAGAAGCAGGCUGAGCUCAGGGUGAGGCACUGGAUCGAGGAGAAUGUCGCCAGGGCGGUCAUCGAGCGGGAGAUGCUGCACGGGCAGUUGAGGUUCUGGGUGCCGCGGACGAGUGGCAAGGAAGCAGCCCUUGGAGGUCUGGCGCAUGUGUUCAGACUGUUGGAGGAGAAUAAGGUGGCGUUGGCCAUCGAGUAUUACUCGGUGGUGCAGACUAAUUUGGAGGAUGUCUUCUUGAAUGUGGUUGGCCGUGAGGAGACCUAG